AUGCCCCGCGCCCUGCGCUUCUGCACGGCCCUGGCCGCGGCGCUCCUGUCCGCCGCGGCGCUGCCGCGGCAGCUGCCAGCGGUCGGGCGGCGACCAGGGGACCAGGGCGCCCUCGCCGUCGGGCAGGCCAGUCACGAGGGGGUGAUCAGUGACAACGACCUCUCCUACGACGACUUGCCCCUGGAGGCCUCGGCGGGGUUUGCUCGCAACUGCGACUCUCCGUUGUACGCGCGAGCGACUGACGAGGUUCGUUCGGAACUUCUGAAAGGUGCGGACAAUGAGGGCAAUUCCGAUGCGCUGGCAGGUUCCCACGAGUCCGACCGCCACGAUCCAUUCGCUCGCCCGACCCCUUGGAUGUACAAACUGAACCAGUCGACGUGGACAGAAAUACCUCCGAUCCCAUACCAGGAUAGACCAGUGAAACUGGCAUUGCUGAUGUUUGUGAAAGAUUCGGUGAACAACGAGCAGGUGUGGCACGCGUGGCUGAAACGUGCGCGGCAGGACAAUCUCAGCUUUGGCAUGUACAUCCAUGCGCAUGGCAUCGAGGGUCCAAGCGAGUUCCAGUCUCCCAAGCUGGCCGAGUACGUAGUAGAUGGGAAGGCUCCGAGCAAGUGGUGUGACAUAUGGAAGCCGCAGAUGAAACUGCUGAUGAGGGCACUGCAGGACCCCGACGUCUCGCACAUGCAGAUCCUCUCCGAGGAUUCGAUCCCUGUGAAGCCCAUGCGGGAUCCACUGUUGGCGGACCCCGUAACGCGCAUGUGCGCUGACAACAAGUGGAGAAAAGAGUGGCCGCGCGCUGAGUCGUGGUGGUUGAUGCGCCGCGAGGACGCGCAGACGUUCGUCGAGAACCAGGACUUCGCCAAGCAUCACUUCGUCAGGGGCUGCGCCGAGGAGCAGGCGUGGUACUUCCCGCUGAAGCUGCGCGAGGCUCGCUGGGGGGAAGAGCAGGUUCGGGUUCGCAACGAAUGCCCGAUGUUCACCAAUUGGAUGGACGGACCGAAGGCGUGCAAGAAUUGGAGAUGGAACGUCGACCUCUGCACAGGUUGCGACGCCUUGCGAAGCAGCGAGCAUCGCCCCGCGGGCUUCAUGCACCCAGUCGUCUACACGGAUGUGAACUCCACUGCCUUGAGAGGCCUUGUCGAAUCUCAGUUUUGGUUCGCUCGCAAGUUCACCGAGGGAGCUAUCACGGAGGAUGCUGCGAGGCUUCUACGUUGA